CUCCGACGGUUGGAGCCGCCUUGAAGUCUCCUCGAUGCUUUCAAUGCCUGACGCCUCUUACGUCUUGUUAAGCUUUCGGUGUUUCUGGCGCAUUCCUGCAUUGAUGGUUGGUGUAGGUGCUUUCACGUCAAUGACGCCGCGUUGUGGCGUAUGGCUAUUGAUUGGCCAAUAGCUGUCGAGCUCUGAUUGGCUGCUGUAUGACGUACAGGAGAAGAUCGAUGAGAGCCUCGAGUUUUGUAAUGUACGGAGUAGUCCAUCAGCCUCUACUGGCUACUGCUAUUAUUCAUAAACAGCUAAAAAGACCAUGCCCGACCGGGGAUGACCCACAGUGUGAAGACCCAGAUCUUGCUUUUAUGAUUCGAGGCAGGAGCAGUACACUGUACCGUGUUUCCUCGCGUGGCGCACGGGCCCACGUGGCGCACGAUUUCCAAGUUUUCCACCUACGACAAUUGAAGCUAUCUAGAUAGCUGUACACAAUGAAUUGGCCUGAAUAUUUGGAGGCUU